GCCUAUGGGAGGUCCCAGCAACAGAAUUUACAACUUUUGCUACAGAGUGUUUGCAAACUCUCUGUGCCUCGGACUAGACACAUAGUCGCAAAUUUUCUACAGCCAUUAACCAAGACAGACUCGCUGAUAUUUUUUAAGAGCCUUUGUUCUUAAAAAGGGUUUAACAAUGGGGAAUAAAGUAAGUGCUCAAAGUUCUGCAAUUGCUGCUGAAAAAGACGACGUUGAGAAAAAUGAACACUGCAAUCUAUUGGAGAAGAGUGAAACAUUUGAUAAUGAAAGUGAAUCAUCUGAAUUAACCGAGGAAGAUUUUCAAAAUCGAGCUCGGUAUCUUUGCGCCAGCAUCCACCACUGCUACAAGGUGCGCCAGUAUGUUCAGCUCAUUCUUAAAUAUGAAACCGAUGACUUGAAAGAGUUGAUGAACAUUAAGGAAUUGGACGCUGUCCGGAAGUUCUUCAUUUUUGAGAAAAGAAAGCAGCACAGGUUAACGUACUCAAGGAUCAAGUCAAACAAACUCUUUCAGCACUGGCACUUGUUAAAGGAAUUCAAGAGUCGAAAAGAGUACACCGAAUCCAAUCUGCUGACUAAAGAGCAGAGAGAAUAUUUGGACGAGCUUCUGACUUUCAUGUCUGAGUAUGAAAACUUCAGCAAGUUCGUUGACUCCAUAGCCAAGUCAGCUGAAAGUAAUGCAGAGGACGACUACAAGUUGCAGCAGAAACUGUUCAGAAAGAUGCUGGUACAGCGGCUGGUGGCCAAAGACAUCCGAAAGUUAGAGAUUUUGCUGGAUCUUGACUACGAUGACAAGUAUACCAGUUUCACUGAAAUAUUCGAAGCCUUGCUGAAAAAGAAGACUGAAAUUUUUGACACGAAAGCUAAAGUAGAGGGUAUUUUUGAAUCUUGCCCCACAAACUUGUCAUUUGAAGAGAAGUUUGAACACUAUGUUGUCGGAGUCAUGAAAAAAGCAAAGAAACUUCAUUUGAUCGAGGACGUUUCUCACACCAAGUAUCAAGUCGCUGCUAUCCUCACCUGUCAGGUGACCUACAACAAUGAAGAGACCACCCCUUUGGCACUUCUCUGCGAAUUCGCCACCAUCAAAAUGUUUUAUGCCCUUCUCGACAUCUCCGACCAGCAGAAUGGGGAUGACUUAUUCGCUGGGCGAUUGAAAGCGCUUUUGCCGAUUAGUGUUUGGACCACCCCUGCUAUCUAUUCAGACAUUGCAGACAAAAAAGGACCCAGUCUUGUUCACUACGCUGCCAUGAACCCAACCAAUGACAUUUUGGCUUACCUGUUAGAGAACAAAUUUAUCGAUGUCUCGGACCUGUCUCUGCAGGAGGAGAUAGGAGGAAACAUUCCAUUGCAUUUUGCAGCCCUGCAUGGAUCUACGAAGUGUGUGGACUAUAUCUUAGAUACAGUGAAUCCUGAAGAUCCUAAUAAGCUGGUGAACUACGCUGGAGAGUCACCCUUGCAUUGGGCUGCAAGUGGAGGUGACAUGAGUACAUUCAACCAUAUUUACAGGAGGCAUCUUGAUGAGGAAAAGUGCCUAAAGCAGGAGGGACAGUUUGGACCACCCAUUCUCUAUGCGGCCAAGAACAACAGAUAUGAAUGCAUGGGCCUCAUCCUGGACAAGCAGACAAAGGCGGAUGCAACUAUGAGCGACGAAGACUGCGACACGGCACUUCAUUACAUCAGCAAAGAGGCCAGCUCCCGAUGGUUGGCCAAAAUUCUUAAGGCGAACGCCCUGCUGGGAGUAAAAAAUGAAGUAGGCAAUGCGCCCAUUGAUUGGAUUUCGCAACAGAGACUGGAAACAUUGCUCGACAAGCACACUCACCUUGUCAAACUAAAACGUACUAAAGGUGACACUUCCAGGAAGGACCACACUGAGGUGAUCUUCACGAACCCCUUCGGUCACCACGCCAGCGGCAGUGACAUGCAGAACAUCAAAGCCAUCGCACAGACUCCCAUCGUCGAAAAACUGGCACUCCAUCCCCUAUGCCAGGCCCUCGUCUCCGUCAAGUGGCAGAAAAUUAAAAAAUUCUUCUUGCUGAAGCUACUCUUCUUCUUGCCCUUUGUGCUCUCCCUCUCCGUUCACCCCAUCCUUAUGAUGCAACAUGAACUAAGGAUAGUGGACAAUUCAACUUUGGCCAUCCCCUAUGACAGCUGGAUGGACCUUUCCUGGAGAGGAAUUCACGUCUUCCUUGCCAUUCAAGUCUUCUUUGGCCUCUUGUCUGUCUUUGUCCUGGUACCACCCUUCUUCAAAAAUUCCUCCACCUACGUCAAUGCCAAUAUCAACCUUCGCAGAAUCAAACUUCUCCUCGAGUACUACUGGGAAGAGGUUCUCUGGUCCGACUGGUACGAGUACAUCCUGUGGGUGAUUGCCUUCAUGUACCUGGCGGACGCUAUCAACCCCAUCUUGGUGGUUAUCGCCUCAUGGUUUUCUCUCUUUUACGUAUGCUCCAACCACCCCUCCAUCCUCCCCUUCCGCUACAUGCUUGUCAAGAUUCUCCUGCGCUAUAUCAAGUUCCUCAUCUUUGCAAUAGGACUCAUUGGUGGCUUUGCCCUGGGCUUCUUCCUUGUGGCAAACAAGUGCAAGUUGGAAACUGGAUCAGCAGAAGGGUGUGCCAAAGGUUUUGAGACCAUCUACACUACCAUGCUGAAGGUGCCUUCGAUGAUGAUGGGUGAAAUCUCCUUCGACACCUUUAGCUUCGAGGCUAGUCCCCACCUGCAGUUCCUCUUCGGUGCCUUCAUCUUUCUCAUGACCUGCUGUAUUUUCAAUAUGAUGAACGGCCUAGCCAUCAACAUCACCACAGAAUUUGAGAAAAAGGCUCACAUCUUUAGCACUAUAGCCCAGUGCGAGAUGAUAUGCGAGUUUGAAGUUUUUCUAACGGAAGUCCACGCCUGGCUGAAAUGGCUCGGCCUGCCUGGAGAACUGAGGACCCUGAAUUCUCUUUGGGUGGAGCGCAUCAAGGUGAAACCUUCUACUGGAGAGUGCGUCAACCUGGAGGAAUAUGACAAGGAAAUUCACUCGAAGAUAAACCAAGAGAACUACUGGGAGACAAACGACAAGAGGAAAGUUGCGUGGGUUUGGGUCAACAGGGGCUACACCCUGGACAGCAAAAUAAUUCGGGCUGCCCUCGAAAGGUGCAAGGACAACAUUUACAAAGACCCGGCAGACGUGGAGGUAAAUUUUGAUUUCGUUGGUGAUGACGAUGAUGAUGAUGGAAACAAAAAUUUUGAAAAUAAUGAACCCAUGGCAGAAGCUGAGGUCAUCAUGAACAAUUUACCCAUCGCGAUUGAAAAACCUGGUUUGAAUGUUAUUGUAGGAAGUGAUUUAAUUGGUGAUUCCCUUCACACCGUUUCAACCGUCUGAACCACGCAAUAUUAAAUAUUGAAUAUUUCUAGUACCAUAGUUUUCGAUUUAAAAUUUUAUUGUGCCAAACUUAUAUGAAACAAACAUUGAGUUAUGUUUCAAGAACUUUAGACGUUCCCUCAAUAUAUUAAGAAAUCCCCUUUAAUUUUUACGCUUAUUUGCAAUGAAAAACUAUCGUUUGAAAUUUGCAAGUUUCUAUAAGAAUAUUUAAGCUUUGCCAAAAUAAGUGAACUUAUUAUAAAUUAUGUUAAUUAGAUAUCUCGUUACAAACAUAUUUAGGACCAAGGAAAAAUGGGGUUUCUCUCGUUCUAUAUUGUUAGUUGGAAUCAAAUAAAAUCUAAAAAUAUGUGC